AUGGCAGACCGGUUCCCUUCACUUGAAGACAUUGAUGCAGGAGAAACAGAUGUCCGCCCUGAUCCGACCGCCCAAGGUAGCUUUCUUGACCGCGAACGGGCUUUGCUUGGGGAGGACGCCGAACUCUUCAAUGCGAACGACAAACCCGGUGCUGCUACGGUCGAAGACGGCGAUGACGAUCUAUUAGGCGGUGAUGGCGAGUUCACAUCUGCUGCUCCGGCACAGCCAUCAGGUGGUGACGGGCAACAAGACCUUGACGACUUUGAAAGCUCCUUUCCUGCCAUUGACACCCGCAACGAGAGCGUUGCACCCGGCGGCACCAUCACCGAUUCCACCUCCUUCGGCGGCUACACAAACUACACUGCUCCGGCACAGGAGGAAGACACGGAGCCCAUCCGCGAAUGGCGAGCCAAGCGGGACGCCGAAAUCGCCCGUCGCGAUGAAGCCAGCCAACGCAAGAAGGAAGAGACCGUCUCCACUGCGCAAAAGGACAUCGAUUCCUUCUACGAAUCCUACAACCGGAAAGUCGACAAGCAAAAGGCGCAGACUGCAAAGGAGGCAGAGGAGUUUUUGGCAAAGAGAGAAGACACAACCGCGGGCGGCACGGCCUGGGAGAGGAUCGCCAAGUUGGUCGACCUGAGCGGGAAAGGCCAGGCGAGCGGUGGUGAUGGGAGCUCCAAGAAGAGAAUGCGCGAGUUGUUGUUGAGUCUGAAAGCGGACAAGGACGCGCCCGGCGCAGCGGGGGUGUGA